CUUGACAAUCUGAGACAAUUGUUUGAUAAAGUGAAACGAGGUGCUUUCCACAUACCACACUUUGUCCCUCCUGAUUGCCAAGCACUUCUUCGAGGCAUGAUAGAAGUUGAUCCUGAUAAACGUCUACGUCUAUGCGACGUCAACCGUCAUCCAUGGGUGACAGCCAACGGAGGUGCUUCAGGCACCGUCAAUGGAGGAGGAGCCGUAGAGUUGGAGGCGCCCAUGAUGCAGAGGGUGCAGACCCACGUGAUACCGUCCGCGCAGCAAUUAGAUGCUGAUGUGCUCAGAGCCAUUAAUAGUUUAGGUUGCUUUAAGGAACGUGAUAAACUUGUUCGAGAGUUGCUAUCCCCUUGUCACAACACAGAAAAGGUGAUAUAUUUUUUACUUCUGGAACGAAAACGAAGAAGACCUGCCUAUGAAGAUGACUCUAACAUUGGAAUAGCAGCUAGUGUUGGAAGCACGGGCGGAACUGGACUGAUUGACCCUCCCCGGAAACGCUUGGACACGUGUCGAAUAAACGGAAGAGCAGCCAUGACUUUUGCUCAAAUUAGCGAAGGAAGUCCGAUAGCUCCAAGGAGACUUUAUUCACACCGACAACAUGGAUCAAGACGGACGCCCAGUGUGGGUCCAGUGAUGACAACGUCAAUGACUUCAUCCAGCGUCACCUCACCAACGCGUCACCAUGUGGUGGCUUCUUCGGCUUCUCCAUUAACUUCAUCCACAGGGGUGACAUCGCCUGGAGGAGGCAUGGCACCAUCGGUGAUGUCAGCGAGUGUGACAGCAGGAUCGACGAUGAAGUCGCAGGCUGCGCAGACCCAACAACUUACGACGCACCUGCAACAACAAAAUAAACUGCAAGUUGGAUCAACGUCUACGUCAACACCAAUGUCACCGAUGCUAACAGAAGUGAUAGACAGUGAUGUACUAGCAGGACUGAAUACUGGAUCAUUAUCUGCAAGUAGUGCAGGAUCAACGCAACACUGGAGAUCUCGUCUUAACACAAUUAAGAAUAAUUUUCUGGGCUCACCCAGAUUUCAUCGUAGGAAAAUGCAAGCGUCGUCUGAGGAGGUGCAUUUGACGCCAGACUCGUCUCCAGAGCUUACGAAACGUUCCUGGUUUGGAUCAUUAAUGUCUGGAGAAAAAGAUGAAACUUUCACGGUUCUAGUCAAAGGAAAACCACUUGCAAUGGUUAAAGCCGACCUGAUACACGCUUUCUUGUCGGUUUCGGAACUAAGUCAUGCAGUUCUGUCUGCAUUAUCAUUUCGGGUGGAGUAUAAACGGGGCAGUGGUACGCCUUCGGCUGUUUUUCAAAGACUGGUGCGAUUUCAAGUUGAUGUUGCUACUAUUGUUCAACCUCCUGAUCAAGCUUUGCAUGCCAUAACCUUCACUUUAUUAUCAGGCAGCGCCCGAAGAUUUAGGAGAGUCUGUGAACAUAUACAAGCCCAGGUGUGCAGACGAGGCACCCGAGGUGCUGGUGGCGUAGGCUCAAUGAACACCAACACGAAUAUGAUCUGCAGCAGUGCUAUUCCUCCUAUUGUUAGUCAAAGUUCUAGUUGCGGAUCAGAGGAUUCUAGUGAAAGACUGUGCUAUACCAAUGCGAACUCCAGACAGAUCGAUUCAGACUUAGAAUCAGACACGUCCUCCCUGUACGAAUCAUCCUCCCACCAUCGGCCAAGACGUCUCUCAGCAGCAAGUAGUGGAAACAACAACAACUCUGGUGGCACCGCCGUCAACAAUAGUUCUGCUACAUCAGUCAACAAUGUGACGUCGUCUGAUGGGUUAACGUCACCAUUAGCAGCAGGAAGCAAUACUGCUUCCGGAAACAAUAUGUCUGCGGUACGAUCCAACAGUGAUACCAAUGGUGAUAGUGCGAAACAAAAGCAGCAGGAACGACAGCAACGAGCACGGUUGGCAACAGUUUCGGGCAGCGCAAUUGCGUGA